UGUCCACAUGACAGGGUCUAAGCUAGUACAAUUUAUGUGAAUUUGUCACAGCGCGGCGCGCAAUCAAUGUAAUUAACCACAGUUGAUUUGAUUCCCUCUCUGACAUGAAUUAAGGAAAGAAUUGGUGUGAGUGUCAAACCACUCAUUGAGCUUGUUGCGCAUUUUCCCACCAACAAUAAUCUUGAGCUUGUUGCGCAUUGUGAUGCGGAUUGGUGUGACUGUCAAACCACUCAUCUGUCAACCAGUGGUUUUUUUCAUUUCGCUUGGCAGUGCUCUUAUCUCUUGGUGCACCAAACGACAUAGAAUGGUUGUGCGUUCGUCUGCUAAAUCCGAAUAUAUUGUGUUAAUGGCUAGCAAUGUCAAUAAGCUUAUAUGGUUGCGUUGGUUACUUCAGGAACUUGGAGUACCUCUGUCUAGAUCCACUCCCCUCUACUGCGAUAAUCAGGCGGCUCUCCAUGUUGCAGCUGAUCUCGUUUUCCACGAGCGUACCAAGAAUAUGAAAAUAGAUCGCUAUUUUGUGCGUGAACAUUUUGCCUCAGGUGCCAUUCUUCCACUUAAGGUAAUUUCUUAUCAACAGGUUGUUGAUCUCUUUAUAAAGGGGUUGGGUGCAGAUCGUUUUCGAUUUAUACUCUUCAAGUUGAACGUUCGAUACAUCCACCGUCCAACUUGAGGGAGCUUUUGGACUGAGAGAGGAUUCAACCCAUCCCACGAGAGCCUAAGGCAGCAUCCAAGCUGGAGAAGCCUGUUGGUGAAGAUUGGCCACAGUCCCACGAGGCCAUGUGUCUCGAGUCAACAACUACAAGUAGUUUAGGGUUUGCUAGUAAAGCCCUACAUAGCAUGAUGUUAUAUAAUGAUGUAGGCCAUUCGGCCAUUAUAAGUUGUUCAUAAGAAAUAAAGCUACAGGUGGAGAGGUUUCCCUUCUCCCGUGGAUUAGUCCUGGUCGAUUCAUCAAUCAGGGAUACCACGUUAACUAGUGUGUUGUUUCUUUUAGUUUAUACAUAUUUCUCAAUUUCAAAUACAUACACUCACAUUUGAUAUUUUCCAAAUAAUAAAUAUUUAAAAAGCACACAUUACUUUACUAAUAUACACAUAAUGGAACAAAAUGUCAUGCCAACACUACGAGAUCGCCCCAAGGUUUGAUUGAGGGGUCGUGAUACGACGAUAGAACGGGGUUAGCACUUCUUUUAUUUAUUUAUUUAUUUUUAUUUUUUUGCAUACAAGGAGGCCGCAACCAAUAAAAAGAGUUACAUCAUCAGAGGAGAGGUGGAGAAGUAGAGGGAAGGGUGGGGAUUCUACGUUCGAAUGUGAUCCCCGCAAGUCAUCCCGAAGAAGACCAGCUAUGCCUUGUGGUGGAUAUGCAAGUUCAUACAUACCGUAGGGAUAGACGAGACUGUGCUUCGAGAGUCAAUCCACGACUCUAUUCCCUUUCCAAUAUGUAUGAGCAAUGCUAACCAACCAAUCUUGUCUUAGUUUUCUCCGAAUAGCUGCAAGAAGGGUCGCAGAAGGAUGCACCUGAUCAUGUCUAUCACUGAUGAGCUGAAUGGCCAAUUAAGAAUCAAAUUCGAUCUUUAGAACACGACAUCCAACCUACCAAGCCAUAUCAAUAUAGUGAACGGGGUUAGCACUUGAUAACUCCUUUUAUAUCCUUCCGUUUUUCUUUUCUUAAAUUCGAUAGUGGUUUAGCAGGAAGGAGCAUUUUUUGUAAGAAGUAUUUUCUGUGAUCGUGAGCACGUGAUUUUAGUUUGAGAGAGAGACAACGUGGGAUGUGUUUGGGAUGAGAAUCGAAACAAUCAUCCCAUUCUCUUUCACUCUAGUUCCUUUUGUUACUCUUCCCCAUUUUUUCGAGUCCGGCCAAAACUAUACAAACAGUCAUGCAACCAAGGAAGAAUCCACUUGACGAGUUGUUGUGUGAGGUUCAAGUGUCCAUUCCUUCACAAGAGUACAUUAGGAGGGCUAUGGACGACGAUGACAUUGGAGAAGACAAUGAUUUCUCUCACGAACCGUGGCUUUGUGCCUACUUUAUCCUCGACAGAGUUUUUCUCCCAAGAACCGAGCUAUGAAUGCAACUAAUAAUGAAGAGAGUUGAAGGACUGGCUGCUCCUCGGAUUUCGGCGAGAAAGGCACUAUUGCCUGCCUUCAUCAAAUUCCAUUUCGAAUUUGCAAUUUAUUACAAAUCCUAAUUAUAAGUUAUGAUUUUUCUAGUUUAGUUAACUACUAAAAAUCCAGUUCGUUUCUGAGUCAUAAUUGUCAUACAUAAAUAUAAUAAAUUAAUAUAAAAAUUAACACGUAUGAAAAUCUUGAUAUCAAUGUGGUUAAAAUCGCGAUUUAAAACUUAAGAAAAAAGAAUACGCUUU